AUGGUUCGACCGGAGAAGAAUGAUACUGGCUUUCCUCGGCUGGAAACUAUUAUCAAGGAAGAGGAGCAAUCAGUCAAUGAAGAUAUUGUUGAGAUAACUGAGAUAUCAGAAGAUGAGGAUGAACAAGUUGAUCCUGACAAUGCUGAACCAAAACGGUUAGAGCCUGGCUGGGAGGACGGCUCAGAUUAUGGUGAUGUUGGCGAUUCUGAUUCAGCUGAAAGCGCUGAAAAAAUCUAA